CUCCCAUAUCAGGCAUUGACACCUCUCUUUCUCUCUAUCUAAUCCUCUCUGUUGCAUCCAUGGCUCUCGACAAUGGAGCGAAGCCCGAGGCCGUGCACGACUCCACGCUGGUAUCCAAGGCGCCGAGCAACCAGGUCCUGCUGGUGCUGAGGCUGGUUGCCUUCUUUGCGACGGCGGCAGCGACGAUUGUGAUGGCGCUCAACAAGGAGACCAAGACGAUCGUCGUUGCGACCAUCGGGAGCACGCCUAUAAACGCCACCCUCACUGCCAAGUUCCAGGACACCCCUGCGUUUGUGUUCUUUGUGAUUGCGAAUGGAAUGGCCAGCCUGCACAACUUGCUCAUGGUAGUCGUCGAAAUCUGGGGACACAAGUUCGACUACAAGGGACUGCGUCUCGCGAUGAUCGCCGUUCUCGACAUGAUGACGGUGGCUCUAGCGUCCGGAGGGGAUGGCGCGGCGACGUUCAUGGCGGAGCUGGGGAAGAAGGGGAACUCCCACGCGAGGUGGAACAAGAUCUGCGACAAGUUCGGGACCUUCUGCGACCACGGCGCCGGCGCCAUAAUCUCAUCCUUCGUCGGCCUGCUCCUCCUGGUGCUCAUCACUGCGCUGUCCAUCGGCAGGCUGGUGAAGCCAAGGCCUGCCACUCUUUCCCCCGUAUAGAGAGAGCGAGAGAGAUCCGGUAACCCGCGAGGCAAAUCUUCCUCGGAUCACUCGUCUCCCUUUUGGGCGUGGGAUUGAUGGCCUUUGUUUUGAGUGUCAUGUUUUACCUUGGAUCCUUUCCAAUGUUUUCACCCUGUGUGUUCUAAUAACAAUGGUUUGGUGUUCAACAUGCUUUUCUUUCCUUCAAUAGUCUUUGUAAAUGCAAGGUGCAUUUAGUGCUGGGACUUGGCCGGACCGAUUGAUAUGAA